UUUCAUCGCAAUGGGUACCUUAUUAUUCCCGGAUUUCUUUCCGCUCAGGAAGCGGAGGAACUUUUAUCCCGCUCCAAACAAUUACUAGAUGACUUCGACAUCAACGACCAUCCGCUUGUGCGUUUCCAUACGAAAUUUACAACAGGAGAAGAUAAUCACGUUGGAGAUGAUUAUUUUCUAACCUCCGGGGAUAAGGUCCGUUACUUUUUAGAAGAGGACGCUGUCGACAAACACGGAAAGUUGAUCAGAGAGAAGCAGAAAUCUGUGAAUAAAAUUGGACAUGCGCUCCACGAAUUGGAUCCUGUUUUUCGAAAGGUAACGCUCGAGAAUGAAUCUCUAAGGGCAUUAGCGCGAGAUUUGAAGUUUCAUCGCGACCCAGUGGCUUUGCAAUCAAUGGUGAUAACUAAACAGACACAAAUCGGGGGCGAAGUUAGGGAGCAUAACGACUCUACAUUUCUGUAUACCAAUCCUCCGUCAGCACUUGGCUUCUGGAUUGCUCUCGAGCAAUGCACUCAGCAUAACGGCGCCCUCUCCUUCCUACCAGGGUCUCACCUAACCGUACCACUCACGAAACGCUUCAUUCGCCUACCCGAGUGUAAAGGAACUGGUUUCGAGCUGCUAGUCACUCCAGUUGAGGAACAGAAAAUCAAGAAUGGUAUCAAAGGCGACUAUGUCCUUGAACCCUGCAAACCAGGGGAUCUUGUCCUUAUCCAUGGGUCAGUUCUUCACAAAUCGGAACGAAACACGAGCGCGAACACCCGCUUUGCGUAUACAUUCCAUAUGAUCGAAUCACCCCUGUUCGCAGAUUAUGAUGAGAAGAAUUGGUUGCAGCCAACGCAAGCCAUGCCAUUUUCCCAUAUAUUGGGAGAAGCGACACACGUAGAUAAUAACUAUGGACUGCAGGGGUAA